AUGGCAGUGACGAUUCUACCACUUAUUCAGCGAGAUAUGACACGAUAUGGCAUGAGUACGUAUCUUGCAGCAGGUAUUCUAGGUAAUAUUUUUAACUGCAUAAUGUUUACCCGGCAUUCAUACCGUCGUACGCCUAGUUCUAUUUAUCUUCUUUUUCUAUCGAUUUGUGGUUUUAUUUAUUUACCAUGGUCAACUGUUCCAAUCAUUUAUGCACUUGACCACAUUGAUCCUCAGACACAGUCGAUAGUCAUUUGCAAAACACGACUUUACAUUACUCAUACGCUCGGACUAUUUAUUCGUUAUUGUCUCGUAUUUGCUAGUGCUGAUCGAUUUUUUGUUACACGACCCAAUGUUCGUAUUCGAUCAUUAAGUUCGGUGCCAUUAGCAAUAAAACUUAUUGUGAUUAUGUGCAUAAUAUGCUCACUAAUAGCCAUACAUCUACCUAUUUUAAUGAAUAUAAGAGAUGGUGUCUGCGGUAUGUUUGGUAUAUACACGUUCAUUUAUGCAAUUUAUCAAACCUUUGUAAUUGGCAUUAUACCACCAGUUUUAAUGAGCACCUUUAGUUUUCUUACCAUUCGUAGUCUUCAAGAACGACAUCACGAUGCUCAAGUACGUACAAGACAACGAGAUCGAUACCUGACACGUAUGGUAACUGCUGAAGUUAUCGCAAGCAUUUUUAUAUCAAUUCCUUAUUCAGCAAAUCUUAUUUACACUGCAUUUACAUAUAAUAUUGUGAAUAAAAGUCCUCAACGAGUUGAAAUUGAAUCAUUCGUUUCUUUCUUCGGUAUAUUUCUCCUUUAUCUCAUAAGUGUUGUUCCUUUUUAUUUGUAUAUCUCAACAUCGAAAACAUUUCGAAAGGAAUUCAUCAAUUUAUUCGUUAAUUUUUGGUAUAAGUACAUCAUACGAAGAGUGCAAAUUGUUCCACAUAAUGACCUGAUUACUAUAGCACCAAAUAAUGGACAAACGAUUCGUGUCAGACAAUAA